AUGAUUCGAAGCUGGGAUCCGAUUUCACAAGCAUUUGUUGCGUCGAUGUUUACGUGGGGGGUGACUGCCCUGGGUGCUGCUGUUGUCUUCCUCAUCCCUCCGUACAGUAAAAAAUUGCUUGAUGUUAGCUUGGGUUUUGCUGCGGGCGUUAUGACAGCCGCUUCGUUCUGGAGUCUGCUGGCACCGGCAAUCCAGUUAGCAGAAAGUACUGCGGGAGCGUUUGCCUUUCUGCCGGUUGGGAUUGGAUUCGCUAUUGGCGCUGCUUUUGUUUAUACAGCUGAUCGAAUUAUGCCAAGCUGUGUUCUGUCGGAGAUGUCGGUGGUGGAUAUGCUGACCGAGAAUACCUCAGUGGUAGGGCCGGAAUCGAUGAUGCAAUUACGCGAAAUAAUUGGCGACGAGCAGAAAGCAAUGAUCCGAAUUGAGAAUGGAAACGAUAUUGCACGGUAUGGAUCUGAUGCUGCCAGUGCUGUAGCAGCCGCUGCACAAGCAACUACUACUACUACUACUACUGAUCGAGUCGUACGUCGGCGACCGACCAAAAAUAGGUGUGACCGAGUGAUUACUUCCGCAGGAAGUUGGCCGGUGCUUGUGCUGCUUUUCAUUCGUUCAAUUGGGAAAGCAGCAAAAGCAACAUUUGAGACAGCAUUUACACUGGCACUUGGCAUUGGAUUGCAGAAUUUUCCGGAAGGAUUGGCUGUUUCACUUCCGCUUGCUGGCUUUGGCCACACCAAAUUGAAAGCUUUCUUCUACGGGCAGUUAUCGGGUAUGGUGGAACCCAUAGCAGCAUUGGCCGGUGCAGCAGCAGUGAUACUGAUGGAACCAGUGCUUCCGUAUGCGCUGAGUUUUGCUGCAGGUGCGAUGAUCUAUGUUGUUAUGGACGAUAUCAUUCCAGAAGCGCAGCGUAACGGUAAUGGCAAGCUGGCAUCAUUAGGUGCAAUUGCCGGUUUCUUGAUAAUGAUGUCGUUGGAUGUUGGUUUGGGUACAUAA